CAAAAGCACCUGUCUAAGACCAUCUGCUACUUGUUUGGGCCUAACGAUGCGACUCGAGCAAGCAACGUGUUUUCUAUGUAAAUAUUCACAGGGCCGAUAAGCGCGUCAAUGUCAAAACCAGCUAAAAGAUUUUAUUAUAAUGGGCAAGGAAAAGCCAGGAUUUUUAACCCCAAAAGCCAUAGCCAACCGAAUCAAGGCCAAAGGUCUUCAAAAAUUGCGAUGGUACUGUCAGAUGUGUCAGAAACAGUGUCGAGAUGAGAAUGGAUUUAAGUGCCACCUGACGUCCGAGUCCCACCAGAGACAACUGCUGCUGUUUGCUGAGAACCCAGACAAGCACAUUGACGACUUCUCCCAGAACUUUGAGACAGAGUAUCUGGAGCUGCUGCGUCGAAGGUUUGGCACCAAGCGUGUUCACGCUAACAUUGUGUACCAAGAGUACAUAGCCUUUAGAGAACACGUGCACAUGAACUCAACUCAGUGGGAAACUCUCACAGAAUUUGUCAAGUACUUGGGGAAAGAAGGGAAAUGCCUAGUUGACUACACUGAAAAGGGCUGGUUCAUCACGUACAUUGACAGAGACCCAGAAACCAUUAGAAAACAGGAGGCCAUCAAAGCUAAAGAAAAAAUGGACGCCACUGAUGAUGAGCGCAUCUCCAAGUUUAUAGAAAAGCAAAUAGAAAGGGCUAAAGACACAAGCACCAGCAGGGAUGUGGAAUUCACAGAUCUGAACAGAGAAGAUGAAUCUGAGAAAAUUACCUUCAAUCUUGCUGCUGUGAAAAAAGUAGAACCUGUUUUAAAACAUCCAGAAGCAAGUUCGUCAAGUAAUCCACUGGUUUCCACCAAAAAAGUCACAGAAAAAACAAAACCGCCCACAUCAAGCAAGGCAGGAGAAAAGAGAAAAGCCAAAACAGCCCUGGAUGAGAUAAUGGAGGCUGAAGAACAGAAAAAGGAAAAAAUAAAUCGUAAGGAUUAUUGGCUUUGUCCUGGUAUUGUUGUUAAAGUGGUCCAUAAAAAGUUGGGAGAGAAAUAUUACAAGAAAAAAGCUGUUGUUAAAGAAGUAAAAGAUCUCUAUACGGGUAUCAUAAAAAUGUUGGACAGUGGAGACAAGCUGAAAGUGGACCAAACUCAUGUUGAAACAGUCAUACCAGGCCUAGGUAAGCCUGUGAUGGUGGUCAAUGGGGCCUACAGGGGAGAGGAGGCAACUCUUGAUGCUAUUGAUGAAAAACAUUUUUGUUGCUCUAUUAUCAUUAAACAUGGUCUGCUUACUGGAAGGGUUGUAAAUGGCGUUCAGUAUGAAGAUAUUUGUAAACUACACCUUGAUUCUUGACAUUGUCUGGCUAAGUUGUACAUAGAAUUUAUCAUUAAAUGUAUCUUCAUUGAUGAAAACG